AUGUCGGGUAGUGCUCACCCUAUGGACGGUGAAGGAGAGCUUUCGGCGGCGGAUAUGUCUUCCCCGCGGCAGACAAACACACCGUUUGUCCAUAAGGUCGAAGUUCCUCCGAAGCAAAGCCUGUUCAAUGAGUUCAUGUACACUUUCAAAGAAACUUUCUUCCACGAUGAUCCUCUUAGGCAUUUCAAGGACCAGUCACUGUCCAAGAAGCUCAUGCUCGGGCUCCAGUCUGUCUUCCCGGUUUCCGAAUGGGGACUAAAGUACAAUCUCAAGAUGUUUCGUGGAGAUUUUAUUGCCGGUUUAACCAUAGCUAGUCUGUGCAUUCCUCAGGAUAUUGGAUAUUCAAAGCUCGCAGGUCUCAACCCUAAGUAUGGUCUAUAUUCAAGCUUUGUUCCUCCGUUGGUGUACGCGUUUAUGGGAAGCUCAAGGGAUAUAGCGAUCGGACCCGUCGCAGUGGUCUCACUCCUUUUAGGCACUCUCCUUCGUGCUGAGAUCGACCCGACCACAAGCCCUAACGAAUAUCUCCGGCUAGCCUUCACUGCCACGUUCUUCGCAGGUGUCACUCAAGUUACACUCGGAUUCUUUAGAUUAGGUUUCUUGAUUGAUUUCUUAUCCCAUGCCGCGGUGGUUGGGUUCAUGGGCGGAGCAGCCAUAACCAUAGCCCUUCAACAACUCAAAGGGUUCCUUGGAAUCAAGAAGUUCACCAAGAAAACAAGUAUCGUCGCGGUUUUUCAAUCCGUCUUCAGCUCAGCCCCUCACGGAUGGAAUUGGCAGACAAUACUCAUUAGUAUAUCGUUCUUGAUCUUCCUCCUCGUCUGUAAGUUCAUUGGCAAGAAGAGCAAGAAACUGUUUUGGAUUCCGGCCGUCGCGCCGUUGCUAUCAGUUAUUAUUUCCACCUUCUUUGUUUACAUAACCCGAGCCGACAGGAAAGGUGUUAAAAUAGUGAACCAUCUCGAUAAAGGCAUAAACCCUUCUUCGUUGCGUCUAAUAUAUUUCUCCGGCGAUUACCUAGCUAAAGGCAUCCGCAUUGGCGUUGUCUCAGGCAUGGUCGCCUUAACAGAAGCUGUAGCGAUCGGAAGAUCAUUUGCAGCAAAGAAAGACUACCAAAUCGACGGAAAUAAAGAGAUGGUAGCAUUAGGAGCCAUGAACGUGAUCGGUUCGAUGACUUCUUGCUACGUAGCCACCGGUUCGUUCUCAAGAUCAGCUGUGAACUUCGUGGCCGGAUGUCAAACAGCAGUUUCCAACAUCAUAAUGUCGAUGGUCGUCCUCUUAACGCUUCUCUUCCUCACUCCUCUUUUCAAAUACACACCCAACGCGAUUCUUGCUGCGAUCAUCAUCAACGCCGUGAUUCCUUUGAUCGACGUAAACGCCGCCGUUUUGAUUUUCAAGAUUGACAAGCUAGAUUUCGUUGCUUGCAUGGGAGCUUUCUUAGGUGUCAUCUUUGCAUCUGUUGAGAUUGGUCUUCUCAUUUCCGUGGGCAUAUCUUUUGCUAAGAUACUCUUGCAAGUUACAAGACCUAGGACAGCGAUUCUAGGAAAGAUUCCGAGGACUUCGGUUUACCGGAAUAUCCAUCAGUAUCCUGAAGCGACUAUGGUUCCCGGAGUGAUGAUAAUUCGUGUUGACUCGGCUAUUUACUUCUCUAAUUCUAAUUACGUUAGAGAAAGGAUUCAAAGGUGGUUGAUAGAUGAAGAAGAGAAAGUGAAAGCUGUUAGCUUACCUAAUAUCCAGUUUCUGAUCAUCGAAAUGUCACCUGUCACAGACAUCGAUACUAGUGGUAUUCACGCCUUAGAAGACUUAUACAAAUCUCUCCAGAAGAGAGACAUUCAGUUGGUUCUAGCGAAUCCAGGACCGUUGGUAAUAGAUAAGCUACACGUCUCUAACUUCGCAGACAUGUUGGGAUACGACAAAAUAUUUCUGACGGUGGCUGAAGCCGUUAAUUCUUGCUGUCCCAAACAAUCUGACGAGGUCUGAAACGGUGAAGAAUCUUGAUGAUGAAGCAAAAAAGUUUUAAGUGUUGUAUGUUUUAUAGACUGAGUUGAGUAGUCAUUAGUCAGUGACUUUGCCUUCGAUGUUAGCUGUUAUCCCCUUAUGGCUAUGUGUGACAUAGAUGUCAAGCGUGUAGGCUACCUAUGUGGCCUUUAUAUUUAGAGCUUUCAUUUGUUUUGCUUAAAGAAUUUGCAAAAUAUAGUCAUAUUCUACUA